CUCACCUCGGCCGCUCCGCCCCAUCCUGCUCACCUCGCCGGCGGCGCUCACCCCAGCCAUCGCGCCGCUACAUUCCGCCCUCCACCUACCUUACUCCAGCCGGUGCUUGUUUAUAGCCCAGCUGGUCACCGGGUGAACACCAUUGCAGAGACUAUGUGUACAUACAAAGAUCCUGCAGCCUAGCUAGCUAGUAGCUACCCAUCUCUCCCCUCUCAGGAAGCCUGCAAUGCCGGAUCCGGUUAGCAUUACUGCUGCUGUGGGAUGGGGCGUAACCGCACUAGGUUGGCUCGCCUCGCCCAUCGUUCCCAGAAUCCUCAACAAAGGUUUCUCCUUCCUCGGCUUAAACGCGGCGGAGAAGCUCAAGAUAAUCGACACACAAGUUGUACAACUGCAGCGGGUGAUGGAAGUGGUGGACGAGAGCACUUACAGGCUUCGCUUGGAGCCACUCCUAAACGACCUUCGAUCCGCUGUCUACGAAGCCGAAGACAUCUUGGACAGUGUCGAGUAUCAGCGUCUCAAGAAGCAGAUCCAAGAUGCCAAGUCGGAAGGAAGUACGCCUCCACGUAAGAGGGAUUGGCUGAAGAAGAAGAUUCUUCCGUGUGCCAUGCCGAGCUCCCCAUUCAAAGACAAGGUCUAGGUGGUGCCGUAGCAGCCGUGCUACUGCAUGGCGCACAAUAGAGCUCGAGGGGGCGACCGCGGUAACUGCGGAGGAGCUGCUCGGUGAUCAACCAGGGGUAUUAUUGGGCAGUGGACUCCUUUGUGCUGGCCAUCACAAUCCGCCAUGAGAUGAUACUUACCAUCAGGAGGGCCGCCGACAAGAACUUGAAUAACAACCUCAAUAGUAUUAUAUGUUCUGUUGUUGUAAAUUGGAUUGCACUGGUUCCUAACCUUGUUGUGUGAUAUAUUUUGUCAAUAUAUUCAGUAAAUUUGGAUUUCAUGGAGGAUUUUAUAAACUG